AUGCUUCCGUCGUUCAUGGUCAAGCUGUUUUGGAAGAAGUUUGGCGAGGUGGCGGAGGGAGUAGGAGUAGGAGGUGGUGCCAAACACGAGGGAGGAGGCGAGGGGACGACACGCGUCGUGGUUGAGAAUGAAUAUGAGGAGGAGGAGGAGGAGAUCAAGGAGGAUACAACGAGGCAAGAUCAGCACGGGGCGAGCGGCCCGGACGGCCAUGCGAAGGAGCACAAGGGCUCGAGCUCGGAAUCGAGCUCCGGCUCGAGCUCAAGCAAUGAGUCGGUCGAGCACGACGGCGAGGGCGCAGGAGUACAUCCAGGUGUGACGGAGCGUAUGGAGGAGCACGGAGUGGCGCUCGAGGAGCGGGUGGACGAGCGGGGUGGGGCAGGAGUGCAGCAGCAGGAGGGCGGGGAGGCUGUGCAGGAGGGUGGGACAGGAGGGCAGCAACAGGAGGGCGUGUCGGCUGCGCAGGGGGGCGGGUCAGGAGGGCUGGAGCAGGAGGGCGGGAAGGCUACGCAGGAGUGUCGUUGA